CGAACGGGAGAAUCUGGCGUUCGGAAGUCGCUGAGAAAAACUAGGAAUUUUUCAAGUUUUUUAGUAAUUUAGUGAUAAAGAUAAAGGUAAUAAGAACAAACUCAAAACGUUUGUUCGUUCCGCCGUCGUUCCCGUUAGAAAAGCAGACCGCAAAAGUGCCAGAAGACCAGAACGGCCCUUUGUUUUUAUUUAACUUCUGCGAUUACAAACUCCGAAACAGCUGGUGGCCGAGUUCUUGCUGGAAGUUUUUACAAACGCGAGCGAACGAAUCAUCCGAAAUAAUCCAAUCAUGAUGGAAGAAGUGACCCCAAGAUCCAACGAGCACUGGAAACGGGCUUAUCUAGGACCGCUUCCCGAUGAAUUCCUGCGUGUUACGACUGCCCAAGACAUCCAGGAGGUGACGGACAGACAAGCCGCCCUGGCCCUGCAGAGCCACCACAAUUCAUGCACACCGUACAUGGCUCCCAACAUUGUCGGGCGAUUGAGCAUCACCAUUGCGCAGGCCAAACUGGUGAAGAACUAUGGCAUUACACGGAUGGACCCGUACGUGCGGCUCCGUGUUGGCCACUUUGUCUACGAAACACAAACUUGCGCCAACGGUGGAAGGAACCCCCGUUGGAACCGGGUUAUUCAUUGCCAGUUGCCGGCCGGCGUUGAGAUUAUUGCCAUCGAGAUUUACGACGAGUGCAAUUUUUCGAUGGACGAGCUUAUCGCCUGGACCGAAAUUCGCAUCCCACAGUCGGUGCUACGUGGCGAGACACACGAAGAAUGGUAUUCGCUGAGCGGAAAGCAGGGCGAAGGACUUGAGGGGAGCAUAGACAUGGUGCUCAGCUUUAAUAAUGUUAUCGUUCAACCGCGAAUGAUACAAGCCACGAACGCACCAGUGAUGCUGGUACCAAAUGUAGCCACCGGAACACCGAUGCCUGUAUUUGUCGCACCGAACCAACCGCAAGUCGCUCGUCCUCCGCCCGUGCUCACCGAGGACGAUCUUACCCGCAUUCACGAGAUGUUCCCACAGGUGGAUAAGGAAGUCAUCAAGUCGGUAGCUGUUGCAAAUAACCAGGACCGAGAUGCCGUUAUCAACGCUCUGCUGCAAAUGAGCAGUUAAACUCUAGCAUUUUGCAUGGCUGAUUAGGUGCAGCAUAUCGCGCGAUAGCUUCAUUGGUGGCCACUUCCAAUAUUUUGAUGUUUAUGUUAAUGGAUGCUUGUAUAUUUAAUAAAUGACCUUACGCUAGA